AUGCCGUCGAGAUCGGAAUCCAAAUCCACGAGGAGGAGCCGCAAGCCUUCCCAGGCCCGAACAGUUGAAGAUAGAGAUGACCUUUUCACACACCACAAGAGGAGGAACGAUCUUGGUGUGUUAGGAAGGCUACAGGGGGUUGAAGAUAUCGUUUUCGGCGCCGUGGGAGAGCUGGGCCGUGCCAUUGUUGGUGACAAAAGGGGCGCUCGAAAGAGUGCUCAAGUAUUUGAGGAGGGUAUUGAUACUUUAUUUGGCUACAAAAAGACUGAAAACCUAAAGACUUCUGGGCCGCUUGGUCGUGGUGGUGGUGCAGAUAUAAGCCUGCUCAGGGACACCUACUUUGAAGGAUAUGACGCUGGAAUUCAUGCAGGUUUAUCCCGCACCGAAGCAGAAGCAUCUUGGUAUAGCCAGCCAAGGCAAAUAAGUGAUUAUAGGGCUACCAUCAAUCCCAAAUCAACAUUCGGAAAUGCAAAGGCGUUGAAGCGAGGGCCAGAUUCAGAGUUGGAAUCCUGA